AUGGACCAGGAGGAAUGGAGGAUCGUGCUGCUGGGGAGGACUGGUGCUGGGAAGAGUGCAACAGGAAACACCAUCCUGGGAAGAAAUGUUUUCAGAUCAAAACGAUCUUUAUAUACUGUAACAAAAAUCACUGAACGUGUAGAAGCUGUGAUAGAAGGAAACCGUGUACGUGUGGUUGAUACACCAGGAUUCUUUGACACAAAACUGGCACGAGAUCAGUUAGCGAAGCAGUUUGCCAAGAGUGUUUAUCUCUCACAACCAGAAGUUCAUGCUCUCAUUCUGGUUUUCAAAUAUGAUUCAUUUACAGAAUAUGAAGAGGAAAUGAUUAAGAAGUUACAGGAGGUUUAUGGUGAGCAGGUUACAGAUCACAUGAUCAUUUUGUUUACUCAUGCUGAUGGUGUCAGAGAGGAAGAAAUAGUUAGAAGUACAAAUGAACAUCUCAGAAGGGUUUUAGAUCAGUGUGGAGGAAGAUUUCACAUCUUUAAUAAUAAAGAACAACAGAACAGACAGCAGGUGGCUGAACUUCUGCAGAAGAUAGACAGCAUGGUGCAGUGGAAUGAAGGAGGAUUCUACACUAAUGAGGUGUAUAAGGGAGCGCAGGGCUCAAACUGGGAGGAAUUCAGGGAGAAAAACAAGAAAUUAAUUUUAUUUAGAACUACUCUUUUAGCUGCAGCUGUGCUGAUGCUAGUAACAACAGUUAUUAUGGGGGUGGUGAUGUUAGUGAUGAAGGGAGUAUUUAAGUGGUAA